AUGCUUCCCGUGCUCGGAGCAAUAGAUUGUUAUUACGGUAAGGUACGAUUUGUUUUCAGAAUUUGGACACAGUGAAUGAAUACAUGACUUCAGGAGUGGAUCAAACCGUCGGAAACACACAUGCUUCGAAUAUUGUACGCAUAAACUGUCCGAAUGAUUUCUUCUGUUUCAAGUGAGUUCGAUGGAGCACGCUUUCAUUCCAGGAACGUCUUCCAGACAGGCCCAGGUGAUCAAGAAGUCAAGGUUAUUCAUAUAUUCGUAUGGCUGCGGGAGCAUGCAGAUUUGCUCGGUGAGUCGGUUUUGCUUCUACCGUAAUCAGUCUUCUGAUUCCAGCAACCAACCUGCUCAGACGAUGGAGACGACUAUAAAACCUGCUGCUGCACCACGGAUUACUGUAAUUCUUCUAGAUCUAUGCCCGAAAGCCUUUGGCUCAGCUCAACUUUGUUGUUGAUUGUUUGGAUUUUAAAAAGUGCAUAAGAUGUGAAUCUCAUGAAUCUCUGUUUUCUACAUGUUCUCUUAACUUUUCAUAAACCUUUCUUUUUCAUUUGAGUGUCUGGAACUGCAAUGUUUGGGUCCGUUCGGAAUAUUGCGAGUGGGUCAGAAGUCCAGGCAAAAUGCCUUCAAAAAGCCCGGGCCGGUGAUAUAUGCGCAGAAAGUCACAUCACAUGUUGCGUUAAUUAGGUGAACUUUUCGGCUGUGUAGAAUAAACUUCGUGUAAAAAUAAAAUUAGCAGGAACACGUUUAAUGGGACUAUUCAGCGUAUGUUUGUUUUCCGUUUUUUUUGUUUUUUUACAUCGCUGAAUUGGAUUUUUUGACGUAAAAAAACGAAAAAAACGGAAAACAAUCAUUUUUUUCACAGUCUGAAUAGCCCCAUAAUAGUAUAUUCCUUAUCAAAGAAUAGUCAUGCCAAAAAUGCCAUUUCGAAUUUCUAGAAUGACUAACAACUGCGAUAUCUCCGAUGCAAACAUAGUUAGGUACCGCAACGGGUUUCGCAAAACUCCGAAUUUCCACAAAAUUCUUGUUGGAAUGUGUUCCCCUACUCUAUAUGAGUACGCUCCCAACUUUUUUCUCGAAAAUUUUCGGUACAUCCCGAGUUACACCCCUUCAAAGUUGGCCUGUUUUCUCCCCGGUCGGCGGUCGAGGAGGGGGCGGAGCUUCGCCAGCAAGUGCGCCGCGAGCGGUUUUUUGUCCUUUUCUGACGGACCAAGCCAAAUAUGCAACAAAAAAAAUGAACAGGCAUGAUGUUCUUAAAAAAAGCUAAACAACUUUCGAGGACAAAAGUUUUGAACCCGGCACCCCCAGACUGCCGAGCGAUCACUUUGCCACUGCGCCAACCGGGCGGUGGCGCGCCCACCGCCAUUGGCGUAGAGAAGCUCGCUGUGCGCGGCCCUUUCCAACUGCGAAAUUAGUGCCUUUGUGGGCUGAAAUCCAUAACAUAACUGACUGUAACUUUUUUUGGGUACUAGGUAGAUGAGAAAGUUUAACAUGGAUCGGUCGGAAAUUUGAUGCUGAAUCCGAUUCUGUAAAAAUUAGCCGCGUGUAAGGUACCUGUGACCCUCAAAUCUCCCGAAAACUACAAUUUCGGCCGAAUGGGCCCUACUCAAACGAGCACAAAUCUGGUCCUAGUGGGUCUAGAGCUCUGAAAAUUUAUAUUUGGGUUCUCAUUGACUUUAUCUAUGGAUUCCAAAAAUAAAAAAGUAUGGUCAACGCUGAAAAUUUUCCACUAACUUUUCUGGCAGUUUGAGGAUCUGUAAAAACUUUCGGGUACUAGGGAGCCCGAAUCUGACUUCAAAAACGGAUUCCCCAUCCCUUAAACUGUCGGAAACAGUUAAAAGUAGGCGCGUGUAGCCAUAAACUUGGCCACACAGGCUCUCAGACUGACUUCCAUUUUCGUUUUCGCGGUUUUUCAAGAGAACGGUACGUUUUCACGUGAAAUGGAGUUGUUCAUUGGAUUCAGCAUGGUCGAUUACAUAAAGUAAAACUUUUUGGGUAUGGUACUUCAUUUGGGGACCUCGGUACAGACCGUCAAACACGCGCGCGCGAAAAUCGGGAGAAAAUUCGUCAGGCCACGCCCCCUUUGUUGCGCCCCCUAAACAUAGUGCAAUGGAUCGCGGAAAAGAAAGAAGUGUGUGGAAACCUACGUAAGUUUAUGUUGUCAAAAGCACCAAAUUCUUACUAUGUGGGUCUGUUCUUUCGGCAGAGAUAGCCAUGACUGCUUCCUGUAGAACAGAUUGCCGGCGUCUGUCCGUAUUUAGGACGGAUCUGAAAAGAUCUGAAAAGAGGUUCUCUGCUCUCAAUGGCGCAGGAUUCUGAGUUGGACCUCUCGAAAUUACCAAUUAAGAUGAUGCAAACACAAUUUUUUUUCGCUUUUUGCAAGUAUCAUGUUUUCAGCAAAAGCAGAAAGAGCUGAGUUUACGGUCUACAGAACGCGCGAAAGCCAACAAUAAUGUGAGGAUAUGCGACUAAUAGUAAGAGAAACUAUGGAAAAACACAUUUGAGAGAUCAUUUCGCUAGGCAUACAGAGGGAACCCCCAGUUUUCUCGGCUCCCUUACAAUUCGACACGUUUCGACACAAACGUAAACAAUCUAGCGAUUUCCCUCUCAACUUGAGACACUUUCAGACAGAAAUGGACAACAAUAG